AUGUUGUUAGUCUUUUGUUAUAACAGGUAUUGAGAGUGAAAUAAAUAUAAUAUAAUUGUAUUGCAAUAGUGUUACGAAGGAAAGGACGGAGAUAAUCCUGCAAGGAACAAGAAACAAGACAAGUUAUGGCGCUGACGUCGUGUGGCAAGAAUAUGAGUUUAAGUGUAAACCUGGAAAUGUGAAGCGACGUCCUUGUCUCAUAUCACCUUAUCAUUACCGUCUUGAUUGGUUGAUGUGGUUUGCUGCUUUUCAGGUAAAAUACAGAGGAAAUUAGCUACUCAGCCCUUGUAGGUCAUAUCACAACACAUCAUUAGCCAUAAUUGUGUGUCUUCCACCAUUUUAGAUUGGCUAAUGUUUGUAUAGGUAUUACUGUAUUAGGAUGGUUUCGAGUGCAAUUUGGGAAAAAUAUGCACGAGUGAGUUUUUCAAAGACUAUCAGAAUCUUGUACAGUAUGCUUUUCAAAUUGCACGAGAAACCAUUCAAAAAAAUUAUGCAGUCACGUGCGUAAGUCACAUUAAGAAAAUUAAGAAAAUUUUAAAAAAUAAGAAAUUUACACUGUACUGUAUUUCUUUUUUUUUAAUUGCACUGUAUUUCGAAGAAAUUGCACUGCUUUUAGCCAAUCAGAAUUGAGAAUUUUUUUCAUGUAUAUUAUUAGAAGCUAAAUUAGAACAUACAUGCACGGUAACAUACAUCCAGUAGCUGUCAAAAUUUCGCAGGUUUACUUCGGUAGAGCUUCUGAGCAGUUUAUCGUAUUUAUUUGCCUUGCUUAAUUCAGAAAAGCAUAUUUUUCUGGCAAAUUGAGACAGUCCUUUCCUUUGCUGUUCGUUAUUUUUGCAUGACGUAAUAUUCCCGCGUGACUCAUGCUAGAACUGAAUACAAUCAUUACAGUAUUCUAAUCUCGUCUUUCUAUGUUGUUAUUGACCAAAGGUUUGUUCAGUGUGAGACAAAACGACUAAAAAGUUAAAGUGUGAAAUACUUGCCUUAGAAACAUCCCUAUACAGUCCUUGAAUGAAAAUAUGAAUAAUCAUUUUCCUGCAACAUUUUUCAUAAUGCUAAUCCUUGCCAGGUUAUUUCGGCUAUAUUUAUGUGCAAAUUCGACCAUACUGUACCCUUAUUCUAUAUUAUUUUAUUUCAGAAUUACCAACAUAAUCCAUGGCUGGUUCAUCUUACUGCGAAACUUCUUGUGAACGACCCUGGUGCGACAUCUCUCAUUGCUCACAACCCAUUUGAAAAUGGACCUCCACCGAGGUUUGUAUUGUAUGUAUGUGCAUGCGCACGUGCAUUGCAUGUUGUAGCACGUGCAUGAAUGGUGAGGCAAAUUUCGAAACCGUAGACAGUCGGGCAUUCGAGAUGAUUGGACCACGGGCUUUAGGACAAAUUCAAUUCGACAACAAUAGUAUUCUAUCUAAAUAGCAGUUAAAAUAAAGUGUACGGCACCUGAACUGUUCUAUAUCUUGCUUCUAUAUCCAUAAAACAUUUGCAUAUAUGCAAAUGCUGUAUAUUUUCAGAAUCCGCCAUAUUUAUUUACAUUAGAACCCAAGCUUUCGCGGUUCACACGUAAUAUUAACGUGGGUGAUUUUCACUAAUAAUAAGAGGGUAGGAUUAAAGUGGGCGUUGUCACUCGCUAACCCAAUCAGCUGUCUGGGUUCUGUACCACGUGACCUAUUCAAAUCGUUCCGAGCGGGAGGAAUCUUAUGACAUCAUAACGGCUUCGAUAAAAUAAUUUUGGGGACACGUUUGUGCCAUAUAAGGAAGUUGGGGACACGUUUGUGCCAUAUAUGGAAGCAUGGUUUCCUCGCGCUUCAAACGAUUGAACAAUUGGAUGAUCCUACCCUCUUAUUAUUAGUGAAAAUCACCGACGUAAUAUUUCGUGUGAACCGCGAAACGGCGAAAGCUUGGGUUCUAAUGUAAAUAAAUAUGGUGGAUUUUGAAAAUAUAGAGCUUUUGCAUAUAUGUAAAUGUUUUAUGGAUACAGAAGCAAGAUAUAGAACAGUUCAGGUGCCGUACACUUUAUUUUAACUGCUAUUUAGAUAGAAUACUAUUGUUGUCGAAUUGAAUUUGUCCUAAAGCCCGUAAUUGGACCCUUCAUUACUCUACCGGUUGUCCAAAAAAACUGGACACUCUUUGAUUUCAUGCAAGUUUAAAGCUAUAAAAGCUGUCGCAAUGAAAUAAAGAUCAUUGCAUUCAGAAAGGACUAAGUUAGAUUUUGAUAUUAUAUAGCCUUGAAUUUACAUGCAAUAUUAAGCGAGACACAGCUGUUUGAAUUUGGAAUGCGUUUUAGGAAUUGCUGAAAUCCCGGUAAAAAAUUAGCUAAUUAAACUAAUUUCAAACAUUGUUUUAUGCUAAUUUUUGGCAUUUUCAAAAACAGUAGUUCAACGUUCAAACAUCAAUAGCGCAGUCAAUAUUGCAUGUAAAUUCAAGUGCCAUACUGUAUAAUAAUCAAAAUCUAAGUUAGUCCUAGCCCGCGUGCAGACCCAAGGGAAGAAUAGUGGGCCUGCAAGCAAGGCCCGGUAUUUUGUACUUUCCGCGUUCGCCCACGAACGCGGCGUUCUGAUUGGCUGUUUGCUGUUGGAUUCUAUAAUUAGAUCAGUGAUCACAAAGGCUCUCGAUAAGCUUAAAAUUCGAAAAUUGAUCACUUUUUUCGAUUAAAAAUGGAACAAUUAAGAACAGACUGUUUAUUGUUUACUUGAAGGAAGAGAUGUUUUUGCCGUUAUGCCAAUGGGGAUUGCUUGUCGCGAAGUGUUGGAAUAGCAACAUUACGACUGCCGCCCGGGGUAAACUAUAGUAACCUUUACAUUAGUUUCAUUAAUAAUUUCAAACAGACUUGAUACGUUAUAUGUUCCUCAAGAAAAUUAUCUUUUGGUUGAUGUUGCACUGAAGAAAACAGCGCUUUUCGCGGUGAAGAUUUAGAGGCAGUUGCAUGUAAGCCUAUUCGAAACACUUUGCGAUUUACAAGGCAUCGCUGAGAGAGCGAAACAGAAGACGGUAAUUGCCGUUUGAAACGAAACGAUCUGGACUCUGAACCCUUUUAUAGAGUUCUUUAACUAAUGAAAUAAUUGAAAUAAAUUUCGUACUUUCCGCCGCCAAGAAGAACUGCACACACGAUCUGAUAAGUGAGACAAUUUAUUUAUAACAAUUGCGACAGCGAAGCACACAUUAAUGCUAAUGUGGUCGCACGACUUCCCUCACGAUUUGAAUUUUGAGACUGGUUUUCCGUUGAAAUUCGUCCUAAUUUACCUGUUCCGAUUUUAGUUGAAAAUGAGCACAAUUACUGACUGCGUUGCUUGCUUUUUUGGAGUUAAAACACAGCCAUUUACACAUUGUUUCUAUUUUGAAUAUUAAAGCAGAGAAAACCCAAAAAACAAUUGACGCGCGUGUUAUGAAAAGGGGCGUUUUAUAAAAUGCCAGGCCUUGCUUGCAGGCCCACUAUCCUUGGGCCUGCACGCGGGCUAAGUUAGUUUUUCUGAAUGCAAUGAUCUUUAUUUCAUCCCGUAGCCAACUGCGUUCCGGACGUAAGCCCUGGGCGAGGGUACUGAUUCCGCAAGGCUAUUUACACCCGGGGAAGGGAGAGCAUCGGCGAAGUCUAAAGUUCAUCAAUAAUCGCGGGCGCAUGUGUAUGGGUGUUCAUCUCACUGAUCUCCAAAUAUUGCUGUUUGCCAGGAGUGAAGGAAGCAAACAUAUUAAAAAACAUUAAGAAAGCUUGGAAAAUCGUUUCACAUAACAAAUUGUAAAAUAUUUUUUUCAAUUUUUAAACGUAAACAUUACGAAUUGAUUUAGUAUGAGAAAAUGUAUGACUUUGUAUUUAAUAAUAUCGACUUUGUUCUUGUUGUUCAUGUCUUUCCUAUGCAUUGCAUGCGAAAGUUUCUUAGUUAAAUUAACAGUUUUGUAGAAGUUCAUGUUAAAAAAAGAAAGCAAUAUUUUCCAUUAGCGUCCUGUAUGAAUUAAAUUUAUUUCAUUUCAAAGUGCGAAUAAUAAGUUGAAGCUCGAGUUUAUCGGCAAAAAGCAGUUAAUUUCAGUUCACAUUUAAAAACGUUUUACGAAGAGUUUCGUGUUGAAUUUUACAUUCAAUAAAGCCCUUAGAAAGCAAAAUAAUAUACCUACUUUAUAUAUUUUGGAAAUUGAUAGUUCUGUAUUUAAAAGUGUUCAAAUUUCAUCUAUUUUUUUCAGUUUUGUACAAAAAAUUAAAAAAAAACAAUUAUCGUGUUGCCAUGACUAACAUGACGUGAGCAACGCGAGCCUGCGUUCAGUGUUGGCGUAAUUACGAAUACUUCAUGUUGAACCAAUGUUUGGAAAAUAUAGGUGAGGGGUUGUUGGAUACAUGUAUUUCUAGUUAUCUAUGAAUGCUGUCACUUGUGACGUAUUUCACCAUAUUUUACCGCGCAACCGCUAACUGGAAACCCGGACGAAUUCCGCAUAUACAGUAGUCACUGUCAAAAAUCAUUAUCCGAUGGAUAACGCUAUCCGCCCUUCGUACAACUGUCCUCUGUUGUAAACAACCGUCCCCUGAUGUAGACAAGCGUCCCCUGAUGUAGACAACCGUCCCCUAAUGUAAAUAACCGUCCCCUAAUGUGAAUAGCCGUCCCCUGAUGUAUCUAGAUAACCGUCCCCUGUUUGAAGUGAAAAGGUUUGACAACAAUGAAUUCUAUCGAGUGGGAUGUUCAAAAUCCGGAUAUUUACCCACACACCUUACAUUGGCAUCACCUUUGUAUAUUUGCAUGAACUUAUGAUUAGAGCUCGACAACUGGCCUCUGUAGCUCAGUUGGUUAGAGCGCUGCACUGGAAUAGUAGAGCCACAGGUUCGAUUCCUGUCAGAGGGCUUACCCUGUAUAGUUAGAUUUAUCGCAACUAGCUCCUGGUUAGGUCUAUAAUAAAUGUAUAGAACUGCCAUUCGAAAUGUCCAUCUAUAAACCCUUCAACAAAUAGUUGUAUCAAGUGAGCUGCUCAGAAUCCUGAAGUGAAUAAACAGCUUUUAUACUGAAAAGAAUCCCAGCAAGUCUCUAAGGUGCCCAACGUUCGCUAAGGUUCACCAUUGUGUUGCAGAUAUAUCCGUGCUGAACAUUAUCUUUACGAAUUCACAAAAUUUGGCAGUCGAGACGCCCGCGAUGGGAAAUGGUGGUCCAGACGGAAGAUUGCGACAUAUUUCCAUCCCAUUUCCAUGAAAGACGUGAAGGAAUAUUUACGCAAUCAAGGAUGGAAAAUUCCUAGAAGUUAACUAUUCUAUAGAGAAGCAGUCAGAGUGCGUAUUCCCACGUACGAAAGAACGUGCAAAUCCUUAAGGCUCUGGGUAUUCUCACUCUCUCUUUCAGAACCAUACUCAGAAAUAAAGUAAAACUGUCUGUACCAGUGUGGGUAGUACCAGUUUGAAAUCGCUGUGCUGUGUGGUUAUAUUACUACCUGAAAUAAACAAGCACAAAUACGACGUUUCGAGCGAAGGCCCUUUGUCAAGAGUUAGGGAAAUAAAGUAAUCAAUCUACGGAUAUUAUCUAGUGCAUGAUUGUACUCAACCCUGCUUGUGAUAAAGUUAAUAAAUCAAAGCACCUAUAUAUAACUUUGAUCUAAACUUUAAGAAUUUACUAGGAAAAUGUAAAAAUCAAACAUUUUAUUUAACAUUUGAAGAUUUGAAAUCAUAAGUCGCCUCAAACUGUAUAAAUAAUAGUAGCGUGACUUGAAAUUACCAAAAGAUACUCCUGCCUAUGAUCUAAGCAGCAGACGGGACUAUCAACCCCAAUUAAAAACAUACUAAAAACGAUAGGCGGCAGAUGUAAACAUGUAUAUCACCCCGCUGAUUUAUUAAUUUUAAGCUUGAUUUAUCACAACGCGCCUUUGGUUGAGCCUUCGCUGGAAACGUCGAGAAAUGUAUUUUAGAUUGAUUAGUAGUUGACGAGAACUGUCAUAGUCAGAGCAGCUUGUAAUAUCUCAGUUUACUUCAGUUUCUUUUCCAAGUUCGUACAAACGAAUCAAGCGCUCUAUACAUAUCAGUGUGAGUGAGUGAGUGAGCUUUGUGAGAAGAAAGUAACAUGCAAGUGCGAAAAUGCAAUACAAAACACUUCCCAUGAAUAAGUUUGUUUAUUUUAUAACGAGUUUCAUUGAAGUCACUGCUUAUGAUAUGGUACAUCAUAUGAUAUGGUACUACUGUGAGUAACAAAUGUAAUUAAAAAUAAUCAAUAUAAUAUUGCAUAUAUUCUUCGCAACAACGUUAACAUCAAAUAUAGAGGAGCAAAAAAAGAUCUAUAUGAAGUAGUGCAGAAACCUCACAGGCAAGUAAUGCAUUCGCGUAUGAGGUGAUGCUAUUUUAAUAAUAUGUAGUUAAUAGGAUGGGUUGAAACACUGGUCACGUGAUUUUUGUUAAAUGCUUCUAAUUUAACCGUUUCGACAUAAUUUGAUUAUUUUACGUGUUACAUAGACGAACAAAGAUAUCUAGUAAAGAAAUAACGUAGAUAAACCUUUCCUUAAAUGAUAUUUAACAGCAGGCUUUCUUUGCAAUUUUCGCGAUAUGUCUACCAAUAGUAGCCUAUCCAGUCGGAUGAAGUUCGGCAUUCGUGCAUGAGAUGCUAGGAUUUGCAUUCAGAUUUUUAAAAUAGCGUUGAUUUGUUGGCGCCUAUAGUUACACUAUACUGUAGUUCAAUAUUAAAUUUUUAAAAAUGUAAAUAUUAAGAAAUUGCUCUAUAAUAAAAAAUAUAGCUUUGAGAUGCAUUUCUGAACUGCGAUCGGAAAUCUCCGAGUGGAUAGGCUGCUCAUGGUAAACAUCGAACGAUCAUGUGACCGGCGUUUCAACCCUUCUAUUAAUUUAUCUAUUAUAUUAAUUAUGCUAUUACGUCUCAUACGCGCCAGCAUUAUUUACCUGUGAGGUUUCUCCAGUACUUCAUAUAGAUCUUUUUUUCUCUUUCUCUAUUCGAUGUUGUUGCGAAGAAUAUAUGCAAAUCUUUUAAAGUAGGCUAAGUUUAUUAUAUUGAUUAUUUUAUACUUGUUACUGACAGUAGUUGAGCCCCCUGUGAUCAUCCUUGAUAUGUUUCUGUUUACAUGCCUUACAAAAAAUAGCUUAAAUAUAGAUGAUGCGCGGCCAGGAUAAGACAUAUUAAAUACAAACGUUCUCUGAUCAAAUAUUUUAUUUGACGAGCUUUCGGCACAACAAGUUCGUUGCAUAAGCCGCGUGGAGUAUCAGACCUAUAAUAGCCUUCAACGGGUAACUAACUAAACAGAUGGUGACCUAUUUAUAUUAAAAAAAAAAUUGCUGUACUAAAUUUUAUAUAGUAACGACAUAAAUUCAUAAGAAAGUCGUGAAUGUAAAAAUUUUAAAAAAACUUUACAUAUACGUACACGUGCACUCUUUCGUAGAAACUAUGCAAUUCAUUCAAACAUAAAA